UGAGAACAUGUCCAGAGGAGGGCGCUGCAGCCCGCGCUGUUAAACGGCCUCUUCCGGCCUCUUGGCCCUCGCUGCCGUCUUUCCGGUUUGACCGCCAUUGCAGACAGCAGAUAUGGCUAUCCGCUACCCCAUGGCCGUGGGCCUGAACAAGGGCCACCCGGUCACCAAGAACGAGUCCGCUCCGAAGCACAGCCGCCGGCGCGGGCGUUUGACCAAACACAGCAAGUUUGUGCGGGACAUGAUCCGUGAGGUGUGUGGUUUCGCUCCCUACGAGAGGAGGGCCAUGGAGUUGCUCAAGGUGUCGAAGGACAAGAGGGCGCUCAAGUUCAUCAAGAAGAGGAUCGGAACUCACAUUCGUGCCAAGAGAAAGAGAGAGGAGCUGACCAAUGUCCUGGCCGCCAUGAGAAAAGCUGCUGCCAAGAAAGAUUAAGUUUGAAUAAAGUUCUGAAAAGAA